AUGGUGGUCACUUCUCCAUCAAAUGAUCCUCAAGCUAUCUCAAUGUCCGAAGAUGAGCGCCGCAAGGGAAAAUAUUCGUUCCAAACUCUAUCAAAAGCCCUUGGUGCGCUACACCAGGAUGGUUUAGUCGUCCUUAAGGGUGUCAUCCCGGUGGAGAUGAUUGACAAGCUCAACGCCAAGAUGUGCCAGGAUGCUGAUGAGAGGAUCAGUGACCCUUCCCAGGGCUACAACCAUGGAGUUAAAUCCAAUAUGCUUCAAAGGCCCCCAAUUACAAACCCCCAAUAUCUCAACCAGGAGGUGUUCUUCAAUCAGUUUCUCCUCCAGCUAGCAAACGCUUAUCUUGGACACCGUCCCGUCUUUAAUUGGCUCACUGCCAACACUGCGCUCGCUAACACUGGCGGGCAACGCAAACCGGUGCACAAGGAUGGAAGCUUCGACCAUCCCUUGUUCCCGUUUUGCUUCAUCGCGAACAUACCCUUAUGUGACUUCAGUGCUGAGAAUGGCUCCACUGAGUUCUGGCUAGGCUCUCAUGCGCAUACCACCUACAAAGACCAAAUGCUAGCCAAGACGCCGGAAGAUAUCGCCCCCUAUCCAACUGCCUACAUUGGGAGCCGAAUUCCUCCGGUUUUGGAAGAAAAGAAGGUCGAGAGAAUGAAAAUACGCCCACCAAUUCAGCCUGUGGUCAACAGAGGAGACAUCAUGAUCAGAGACAUCAGACUUUGGCAUGCAGGCAUGCUUAAUAAGAGCGACGCACACCGCAUCAUGCUCGGUUUGGGAUAUCAGAGUUCGGUGCAUCCUAACUAUACAUUGACCACGUAUUUACCUUUCUCUCAGAGGGAGUUCUUCAUGAAGUACGGUGGUGAAAACGUUGAACUACGAGCACAAUGA